AUGAAAACAAAUGAGGAAGAACGGAAAAGUGAAAAGGAAUCUCAAGAGGACAAUAGAAACGUUGAGAAUGAUCAACGAAACGUUGAAACAGAUCGAGGGCAUCUAUCAUCACAAUUUCAGUCAACGGAGCCAUCUCGAUCUGCGUCCACUCAAGUCGAAAAAACGACCACAACGACAAUAAAUCUUCCUUACAGUUCUUAUCUUCUCAACGUUGCUCAAACUGCAGUAAUUGAUACUAACACUAGCUCUAGGGUGACCCGCACUUAUACCUUUGUUCUUUCUGACGGGAACAUUAAAACAUUCUCUGUCAGCACUCCUCCCCUCCCAACUUUAGAAACAACACAGUUAACAGAGAAGUUCGAAGAAUGGAAACAAAAACUCUACGCGAGUGACUCCACGUCUGACAAACGUGUGGUCGUGAGCGAGAAAGAAGAGAAACCGUCUUUUUUUGCCUCACUUCCAAAGAUUCCUGUUGAUAUCGGAUUUGAAAGUUUGAACGAAAAGUUGGAUGAUAUUUGGAAAAAGGUUAAGACGAUACCAGUGCCAUCAAUAGAUGGCGUGCAGGAGACUGUGACGAGGGUAUACAAAGAAAUUAAAUUUGAGGAAGGCAGUAUAGCGGAUGAAAUUAGAAAAAAUGCACAAAAUUGCAGCUUGCAUCCCGAGUUAGAGUGGGAUGCGAGAGUGAGGCUAGGCGAUAGUCUAUCAUCAAAUGAAAUCGAAUUUAUCAAAAGGCGUAAAGCUCGCAUCAAAAAGGCGUUUGCUCAGUUUAUUCAAGUUGACGAGAACGAGAUACAUGAGGAUGAUUUGCCAAUAAUAGGCAUUGCCAGUAGUGGCGGAGGGUAUCGUGCAAUGAUUUCUACAGCAGGUUAUAUGGCGAGAGCUAAAGAGUCGGGCGUGUUGGACUGUACCAUGUUCUUUGCAGGGAAGCGUCUCUGGCAGUUGCUGGGCUUUAGCGGAAUGCAAGUGAUCAAGACUUUCUUUAUAGCUUCCUACUAUGUCUACGUACUUUACAAAGUAUUCUCACUGAAAUAUUUACUUUUUUUUUUUCAAGACUUCACUCUUGCGCGUUGCUCACUUCCAAAUCUCCUGACACACUUGAAAUCAAGGCUCAAUGUUCACCCACUUCAUAUUCCGUCGUUCGCUGACGUUAUUUUUCACAAAUGCGCUAGAGAGAUUAUCCUUGCCGGAUUGAUCAUAAAGCACAUUGAUGGUUCUCCAAUGAAUUUAGUAGAUGUGUUUGGGACUUUUCUAUCAUCUAGAUUGUUGAUCCCGGAAGAUGUGGAGAGGGUCAAUGAGAGAUGGUAUAAAUUAAGCGAGCAGAAAAAGAUGGUGGAGGAUGGUAGCGCUCCAUUACCAAUUUAUACGGUGGUUAGGCAUGAGAUCAAAGAAGAAACUGAAGAAGGGAAUAAGGAUCGACCGGAGGGAGGGGAAAACGAGAAAGAAAAGGUCAAGUUGAAUUAUGAAGAAGAGAAGAAAGUGACUAAUACUGAAGUGAACAGGAAGGGAGAUUCUGAUGACGAUAAUACAGAGGAUGAAUUCCAAUGGUUUGAAUUUACGCCCUAUGAAAUUGGAUGUGAAGAUAUUGGAGCGUGGAUACCCACUUGGGCGUUUGGUAGACGAUUUGAAGGUGGUGUGAAUGUCGAACGAAAACCAGAACACAACUUGGGACUGCUAAUAGGUGUCUUUGGAAGCGCGUUUUGUGCUACACUUGCUCAUUAUUACAAUGAAAUCCGGGCCUGCCUGCCCGGUGGUUUUCUCACAGACACAUUGGAUAAGAUGGUUAAAGAGUACGAGAAAAACAUCUCGACCAUUCAUCCAAUAUCACCUGCAUGUUUCCCAAACUUUGUAUACAAAAUGACCGAAUUGCCGCCGGCAGUGUCGUCUAUUGCAGAGAAAAAGAAUAUAUGUCUUAUGGACUCUGGAGUCGACAACAAUAUUCCAUUCUAUCCUUUAUUACGCAAAGGUCGCGACGUUGAUGUUAUAAUUGCUAUCGACAGCAGUAACGACUUGCAGACACAUCCUUACUUUGAGAGAGCUGCAGGUUAUGCUAAGAAACACGGAAUAACGGGAUGGCCAGUAGGUUGUGGCUGGCCCAAAUCGCCUGAACAACGAAACACUACCGAAUCUGCUGUUGAAUCCUCUUUCGACAAUAACGAUACAGCGCAGGAAUCCUCGUCUCUCACACAUGACAUUGACUCGGCCCUGAAAUCUGAUUGUCCAACUGAAACUUCUUCAUCACCUUCACCAAACGGUCUUGGCCCUUGUACAGUAUUCGUCGGUUCAGAAUCUUCUUCUCCACCUCCUUCUAAUCGUCCAAUAACCAUAAUUUAUUUCCCUCUCAUUCCUAAUCCCAAAGUCGGCGAUGGAUUUGACCCAUCGGUUGAGGAAUUUUGCUCGACAUGGAACUUUGCAUAUGAGGCGAAACAGGUUGAGCUGUUGGCCGAGUUAGGAAAGCAGAAUUUCAGAGAGGGUGAAGAAGAGAUUAGGAAAGUUUUUAGGCGGGUAUGGGAGAGGAAGAGAGAUGAAAGAUUGAAAAGGGGUCAGUAA